CUUGAGAGAAAAAAAAGGAGAGAAAUCUAGUGCGUGUGUUCGUGGUUCUUUGACGUGAUUGAUCUUGUAGGCGAAUCCCAACACACAUACACCGUUCUCGUGAAUCAAUCUAGCUGCUGGUGAAAUCAAGCAAGGCCAGCGAAGAUCCAUGGCGGCGGCGCUUCGAUGAGCGGCGAGAAGGCUCGGUGGCUCGCUGCUCCAGCGGACACACGCUGCGGUCAUGGAGGAGCCACGAUGGCUCGGUGGUUCUCUGCUCCAGCGAACGCAGGCGGCAGUCAUGCCAAGCAGGUUCAUGCGCUCCCGCCAGCUCUCGAGCGAGCAUGCUCGUGCACACUCUAGACGCCAGAUCCUGCAGAAGGAGGACGAGCUGCAUGAUGCGUUGUCUAAGGCUAACGAGCAGCAUCUUUCAGCACAAGCCACUCAAAAAAGACCAUUUAACCUUAUCCGCUUGCAGGUGUACUCACAAAGGGCUCGGGGUGUGUUAGAUUUGGCUUGCAAGGUGACACUUUACGUUUAUGGUGGUGCUUUCCUGCUUGAUAUCACUGGCGCCGGCAGGAUGUUAGGGUUAGGGCCAGAAAUCAAUGAAGACAACAUUCAAAGACUGAGAACCAAAGAUGGCUCAGUUGAAUUAUGACAACUGCAGAGUUUGGUUAGCUAGCACCACGCUAUCUUUGAUGACUUUGUGUGAAGAGUGAAUUACAGAAAACAUCGACAUUGAAGGUUACGGUUGCAGAAACCACACUUCUAUAUAUUUAAGCCAAAAACCACUAAU